AUAUGUAUUUGAUGUUUUAGAAAUAUGUUCUACCAUAUAUCACUAGAUCAUGAGAUUGUUCUUCAUCCUCGAUACUUUGGUCCUCAGCUUAUGGAUACAGUCAAACAGAAACUAUUCACAGAGGUCGAGGGAACAUGUUCAGGAAAAUACGGUUUCGUAAUUGCGGUAACGACGAUUGACAGUGUUGGAGCAGGCUUAAUCCAACCUGGAGAAGGGUUUGUCUUGUAUCCAGUCAAAUAUAAAGCAAUUGUAUUCAGACCUUUUAAAGGAGAAGUCCUAGACGCAGUUGUAACCCAGGUUAAUAAGGUUGGAUUGUUUACUGAGAUUGGACCUCUAGCCUGUUUUAUCUCCCGACACUCUAUACCUGUGGAUAUGACUUUUGAUCCUAACUCUAACCCUGCCUGUUAUAAAACUGCAGAUGAGGAUAUGGUUAUUCAACAGGACGAUGAAAUCAGAUUAAAGAUUGUUGGAACGAGAGUGGACGCGUCCGACAUAUUCGCCAUCGGAACAUUAAUGGACGAUUACUUGGGGCUGGUCAGCUAGUCAGCUUGUCAGCUGGUCUAUCGGUCAGCUAACUGCUCAAACUGCUGGUUAUGUUUGUACCUGUUUAUAUCUCUAGAUAACUCCUCAUCAUUAUUAUCAUUAAGUUUCUGAAAAAAAUGGGACACUUCUAUUUUCUUAUUAGCUCUACACUUUCAAAGCAUUCUCAUCUAAUUCUUCUCCUUGCAGUUCUAAUCUUUUUUCUUUAGUUUAAAUAAGUAAUAGUUAAAGCAUUACUGAAUCCUAAAUCUGAAAACAUUUUUUCAUGUUAAAAAAAAACUUUUCGAUGCGUAAAACGUUUACUUAUCGAUUUAUUUCUCAUUUUUUUCCGGAGUCAUCCGCAGAUUUGAUCUCAAUCUCUUAUAAAAUAAAUCUGCUUCAAACUUAGAUUUAAUCCAACUCUGAAUUUAAAGAUUUCGUCUGCUGAACCCUCUCUAUUUUCAGAA